CCAUUACGGCCCCCACAUGGAUGCCUGCUGGAUAAUCCAGAUCAUCCAUUCAUUGCGCCCCACUUUGGAUAGCAUCUCAUUUCAUCCUGAAACUUGUGGUUCCCUCCACAUUCUAGAAAGAGAAGGGCGAGGGAGAGAAGAAGCAGAGCAGAUAAUGUAAUUCAAAAAAAAAAAAAAAAAAGAUAGCUCUCUCUCUCUCUCUCUCUCUCUCUCUCUCUCUCUCUCUCUCUCUCUCUCAUGGCUUCUCUGCCUUCUGUUGCUGCUACCAGCACUCUCAAGCUCGAGCCCGAAAUCAGGAAAUUCUCCUCCAACUCUCACCAGAAUCCGAGCAUUUCUUAUCAGAGAAGCUCCACAAUUUCACCAUCAGAAAGAAAUUCAGAUUUUCUAAGUUUGGAUUUCCGAGAAGCACUAUCCAUCCUAAAGGAAAGCACGAAAAUUGAGACAGCAUUAUAUGUUCCUCUGUUGCAAGAAUGCAUCAACAGGAAGUCAGUCUCUGAAGCUCAAAUCAUUCACACCCACAUCAUAAAAGCUGGGGCCCAACAAGAUCUGUUCCUUUCAACGUUCCUCAUCAACGUCUAUGCGAAAUGUGGUGCCAUGGAAUUCGCUCGCAAGCUCUUCAAAAAAGUGCCCCGGCAGAACGUCGUCUCCUGGACAGCUUUGAUCACAGGUUAUGUUCAUAGCUCGCAGCCCGAGAUAGCUGUCAAAGUCUUUGAAGAACUGUUGGAAUCUGGGAUGUAUCCGACUAAUUACACGCUGGGCGCCGCUCUUAGUGCUUGUUCUUCCUUGUAUUCUAUUGGAUUGGGCAAGCAAAUACAUGGGUACGCCAUCAAAUAUCAGAUUGAAUCUGAUACGAGUAUGGGUAAUUCUCUUAGCAGCUUCUAUUCAAAAUGUAGCAGCUUAGAGUCCGCAGUUAAUGUUUUUAGGAGAAUUUCAGAGAAGAACGUUAUCUCGUGGACUACUGUUAUAUCCGCUUGCAGUGAUAAUGGCGACGCUGAUAUGGGUCUUAGAUUGUUCAUGGAAAUGCUUUCAGAAAACGUGGAGCCGAAUGAAUUCACAUUGACAAGCGUGUUGAGUUUGUGUUGUACAUUGCAAGCUUUGGAUGUCGGGGUGCAGGUGCACUCGUUGUGCUUUAAAUUUGGGUGUGAAUCAAAUCUGCAGGUUAAAAAUUCAAUAAUGUAUCUGUACCUGAAGUGCGGAUGGAUCGAUGAGGCACGAAGAUUGUUCAAUGAGAUGGAAACGAUCAGUUUAAUAACGUGGAAUGCGAUGAUUGCGGGCCAUGCCCAGAUGAUGGACCAUGGGAAGGACAACCUGUCAGCUUACCGUAGUGGUAUCGAGGCACUUAAGAUCUUCCUCAAACUGAACCGUUCAGGCAUGAAACCAGAUUUGUUCAGCUUUUCAAGUAUAUUGACUGUUUGUAGUAAACUGGUGGCCUUAGAACAAGGGGAACAGGUCCAUACGCAGACCAUCAAAAUGGGUUUCUUAUCAGAUGUUGUUGUGGGAAGUGCGCUGGUUAAUAUGUAUAACAAGUGUGGAAGCAUCGAGAAAGCAAGCAAAGCUUUCGUGGAGAUGCCAACGAGAACAUUGAUAUCUUGGACGUCAAUGAUUACGGGUUUUGCGCAGCACGGCCGGUCCAAGGAAGCAUUGCAACUCUUCGAGGAUAUGAGAUUAGCGGGAGUGCCGCCGAAUAAGAUUACCUUUGUUGGUGUUCUUGCUGCUUGUAGCCACGCGGGUAUGGUAGACGAGGCACUGAGUUACUUUGAGAUGAUGAAGAGGGAUUACAGGAUCAGGCCGGUUAUGGACCAUUAUGCAUGUUUGAUCGAUAUGUUUGUGAGAUUGGGCCGGUUAGAUGACGCGUUUGCUUUCAUCAAGCAGAUGGAUUUUGGGCCCAGUGAGGUUAUAUGGUCGAUUUUGAUUGCCGGUUGUAGAAGUCAAGGGAAUAUGGAGUUGGCUUUUUACGCUGCUGAUCGAUUGCUCGAACUCAAGCCUAAGGAUGCUGAGGCAUAUGUCUUGUUGUUGAACAUGUAUCUCUCAGUUGGGAGAUGGAAUGAUGUGUCGAAGGUGAGGAAACUAAUGAAAGAUGAGAAGGUGGGAAAAUUGAAUGAUUGGAGUUGGAUUACAAUCAAGGAUAAGGUGUAUUCGUUUGGAGCUGACGACCGAUCACAUUCUCAAAGCAUAGAGAUGUAUGGAUUAUUGGAUAAUUUACUUGAGAAAGCAAAGAGUUUGGGUUAUGUUACGGAAAGAAGUUUAGAAAUAGCCAAUGAAGAGGAUAAAGAGAAGGCACAUUCCUCUAACGUUCAUCAUAGCGAAAAGCUGGCUAUUGCUUUUGGGUUGAUAAACAUGCCUGAUGACGCAUCUAUCCGUGUUGUAAAGAGCAUUAGUAUGUGUAGGGAUUGCCAUAGUUUGAUUAAAUUCUUCUCGGUAUCAACUCAACGGGAGAUCGUCGUUCGGGAUAGCAAGCGGCUCCACAGAUUCAAGAAUGGGCAUUGUUCAUGUGGGGAUUUUGGUGCACUUCUAUGAUGCUGUCAAUCGCUCUUCUUUUCUUGCAUUGGUCUUUGGAGAGUGGGUUUUGAAGACUGAUAUUAACACUCAAUUUUUGGAACUUCCACUCUGUCCUCCCACCCAACUGCUAACGAAUCUUGCAAACUGAUCAUUGAAUUCUUCUGCUCUAGAUCUAGUGGGUAUGUUGUGAAAUAGGCAAGAACGAACUACUGAUGUGGUCAUUACGGACUCCAUCAAUUCUGUGAAGUACAUUUUUUCAAAUUAUAUUUCUACAUGUAUUUUCCGAAGAGGCUUUGUAGUUGAGAAGAACAAAUAUCAGAUCGAAUGAAAAUUUAACUCGCUUUAUCAGGUA